AUGGAGUCUGAAGCAAAAUAUUUUGAGAAGGAGCAUCUGAAGCUGGAUGAUUUGAGAAAGAGAAAGCGCUCAGGAAACAAGUACCUCUUUAAAAAUGACAGAAUCCCAGAAUACCCACGACCAGAGAUCUAUGUGAGCCAUCUGAAGCACGACACCGACAGACAGGCUUUUGAAGGCAUCAAGGAGUCCAAAGGCUUCAUGGGAAUACAAGGCCUGGUGUGGUGGGGUCUGGUUGUGGGGGGGGAGGAACUCAGAUCAGCUGACCUGCGCCUCCAAACAGAGCAGCAGGUCCAGGAUCAGCAGAGCUUCCUGGGGAAGUUUGCCUCCUCGCCGGCCUUCAAGGAGAGCCCCGUGUUCGGAUCGUACCGCUUCACCUUCCCCCUUCAGGAGCUGCUGGAGGCCUACAGUCUGCAGUUUUGCGGCGGUGAUCAGCCCGUCAUGCGGGUGUAUCAGACCCACCUGUACAAACAGCAAGUGAUGUAUGUGGUGCUGGUCCACAGUCCGGCCAAUCAGGAGCAGUUCUCAAAACAUCCUCUUCUGACCGACGACCCAAACGCUGUCUGCUGCUACAGAGAUGGCCGCUUCAUCUGGAGGCCUGAGGCCAUGUGUGGAACUCACAGAUACGAGUUGGUCCGGAACGAUGAGACUCAGCAGAUGGAGGCUCGGCCCUGCAGCCCUCAUGAGCGCUAUGUCUGGGAUAAUGUGGGCAUCGCUCUGCAUGUGGAGGAGAACAAGGUGAUCACUUCCUCUUUGUCUUCUUGUCCACAGCUCAGAAGCAACACAAGUAAGUGCAAGUAA